CCUUUCGAAAUGAUAUUUUUAGAGAUACAAGUCGGUGCUCGUUAACAACGGCAGUAGUCGUCGUUGAUCCUCAGAGAAACCGAAGCCACAAAUUUUACGAUUUUUCGAUUGAAUACUGGGGAAAAUUUUAAUAAUGGGAAUAUCAAGUAGCAGUAGUGAUUCGUCGGUUUUGAUCUCUGCCAGCAAACAUGAGGCAGAAACAUCUUUGAAUGGAGAAGAUUCUUGCCUUACAAAUGAUGGAAGACAAAAACCAUAUGUCGAAACGCGUAUAUACAAGAGAGAAGAACAGCCACGAUCGCAAUUAACUUGCGCAACGCAAAUGACAGAUUGGCAGUCCGCCGAUAGUCACGAUCGCUCAACGUGUCAACAAAAUAAUGAAAUCGUCGAACUUUCGCGAAUUAUUUCGCAGCUGGCAAUGGCCAAUCAUCAAUUAGCCAAUGUGCAUAGUGCAACGCUAGCGCGUAUGGAAGCAUUACAUUUGGAGCUAUCAAAGACUAGAGAGGCUCGGAAGCAAAAGAUUUCGACAGAGGAUCUGGAAAUAUGCGAGGAUGUUCUUCGCGAAAGACUGCAGGAUGAAGACAUUAAAAAGGAAGAAAUGCAAAGACUGGAACAACGUAUCGUUAAAUUAGAAAAAUUGUUAACGGCGAGUUCUUUUGAACAGUCUAAACAACGUUACUUGCAAGAAGAUAAAUUGCAUUCCAAAACAGAAAGAACGGAGAAUUCUCUGAAGGUACAAGAUACGAAUAAGAAUUCCUGCUCGAGAUCCGCGGAAUUGCAUUGUGAGUCUUUGGAGCAACAAACAAAUCAUAUCAUGAUAAAUGCUAUUAAUAAUGUAUCUGACAAUUGUGGCGAUGAUCGAGAUUCGAUCAGGGAGGAAACGGAUGCUUACAUGUAUUACAGCGCUCAUUCCGAUGAUUCCGAGACAAAUAUUCCUAGAUUAAACAAAAACUUAGAUAAAGUGCACAAAAGACGAGCAAGGUUGAGAAAUGACGAACAAAAUCCAACGAGAAAUCUAGCGAGCGAAAAAAUAUCAAAAUUGUCGGAGGAAGUUGAGAGAUUAAAUGUAGAUCGAUUGGAAUUUCAAAACACGAACAUGCUACGCAGUUUAAUAGAUCAAAAAAAUUUGGUAGAAAAAUUAGAUUAUGAGGAAUCCACGAAAACGCGAUACGAGACGGUAGAAGCUAAUUUGCAUAAACUCAGGCAAGAAUAUGACGAAUUGACGAAGCAUUUAGAUUGCGCCAAGAAAGAAAUCGAAAAAUUACUGAAAGAGAUUAAUAUCUUUCAGUCUGAAAAAGACACUACUGAUGCGAGAAUUUCAAUUUUGGAACAGGAUCUGCAAAAAUCGUUGCUCGAGACUGAACGCAUCAAGCAUGAAGAAAAUCAAAAGAUAUCAGAAUUACAGACACAAUUGUCUGAAGAAGUUGCGGACAAAAAAAAACAGACUAAGGUUCUUGAAGAUGCUUUGCAGGAGAUUCAAAGACUGAAGGAGACUAUGAAGACUGAAGGAAGAAAAGAAAAUGUUACUUCAAGAGAAGACAUUGAUAUUGUUGACUCAAUAGACAGUGUACCAAAAAGUAUGUUGAAUUCAAAUUGCUCCGUCACCAGUAUGGACGAGUUUAAAAAGGAAUUAACUCUAAAAAUAGAAGCUAAACAUAGAGCUAUCGCGGCAGUUUCAUCCAAGAUGGAAAGACUUAGAAGAGAACUGGACACAGAGAAGGAAGCUCAUUCUGAAACAUCGAGUAUGUUGGCUCAAUUACGUUCUGUUCAUAGCAAUUCACAACACUCUGAUCUCGCUAAUGGCGGUUUUGUGAAGACUAUGAUGAGAGAACAAGAGAAAUCCGAACAAACGGAUGAAAGCGAGAAAACGUUGAAACGCACGGAAGCACAACGAUUGACGCGUAUUUUAAAGGUAUCCGAUGAGUUAAGGAAUGAUGUACGAUAUCAAAUUGAGAAGGUGGAUGAUUUUCGUUAUCAUCUAGAGACCGAUCCAGAGCGUCACCAAAAACGUAUUCGCUGUUUAACAGAAAUGACUAAUAACGCACGUGCAUCUCUUAUUACGCGAGAACGUCAGACCAAUGAGCUAAAGAAUUAUCUGGCUCAAUUGCUGGUCAGAUUAGGCGACAAGAGUUUUCUGGAAAUCCAAAAUGACGAAAAAAAUGAAUGCGACCGACAACUGGAGAAUAUAAACACGUUGAAAAGUCUCUAUAAUGAAAGGUUGAGAAUCUUGAUCGAGUUAAAAGAUUCCGCAAAUAAGGAAUUGACGGAUAUGAAACAGAAAUUGGAAUAUACUCUAAAGAAAUCGGAGAACCUGGAAGAGGAACUCAAAAAAGCUGAAGACAAGGUUGACGCUCAAGACUCAGAAAUAACAAACUUGGAAUCACAAUUGGGAUUAACCAAGGCAGAUUGCAGAGAUCUUCAGAAUCAGAUGUCUCUCAUUAAUGGAUUAUUCACGCAGAUGCUGUUAGGAGCUUCAUCUGCGGACAUGAAUCUUGAUCGGUUGACUCAAUUAUUACAGGAAAACCACGAUCUUAUAAGUGAUAUAGCCAAGAAAGAAAGCACCGAAGCAGCGGCUCUUCCUAAACUUCUUUUAGAUUUGAUUGAACAAACCGAGGGCAGUAAAGCAUCCGAGAAAUGCGCAAAUGAAGAAAAUAGUGCAGAAAAUAUUACCGAAGUUAAUAGGAAGGAAGAUGAUCUGCAAGAAGAACACAUCGCCCACAAUUUACCUAAGGUAUGGCGUGUUUUACUAGAACUACUUAGUUGUCACGCAGUGACUUCUCCAAGUAUUUCCGUUGCAUCCUGUUCGGAUCCAAAUAGUUGUUACAAGUCUGUAGACACACCGGCCGGUCCAAGAUUGGUAAUAUCUGUGAGCAAAACAUAUAUUCGUUUGAAGGAAUUAAUUCUGGAGAAAAAGCACUUGGAGAAGGAGAUGAAUCGUAUGAAGCAGUUAAACGUUCAUUUAGAAAGUAAACUUGGUGAACAGGAAAAGAGACUUUCUAUGGUGUCAGUCGAAUUAGCCAAAACAUGGAACAUAGUCGGUCGGAUGCAAGCGCAACAUCAGCAGUUGCAUACACACGAAGCAAUACUAAGAUAUGAAUUGCAGGAAAAAAGAAAAAUGUUGCAAGAAUUGAAGCAGGAAUUAGAAUACUGCAGAGAGAAAUGGGAGUCGGCUAGACAAAAAAACACUAACACCGAACGAGAAUGGAGAAAUUUGCGUCGCGAGUUUGCUGCACGAAAAGCUUUAGCUGUCCACGAUUCUUUCAAUAGUGCUGAAAGUGGUUUCAGCGAUGAAAGAGGUGAUGAUACUGACGAAGAAGAAAAAAUAAUCGAGGGACGAAUCAGACACGGUUCACGCAGACGAACACGAAAGGAAAGUCUUAGAGCACCGACACCGGAUACAGAAUCCGAUCAGCCGACAGAUAUCGAACUAUCAGAGUCAAACACUACUUCCUUGGUGACUUUGGAACAACGCACGUCGACUCCGGAAAUAGAAGCAGAGUUGGACGAGGCAGAAAUCAUACAUAAUUCAAAACUUAUUAAUGUGACGGAAACUGCACAAACAUGCAUUAUGGAAGAUACGCAAGAGAUUCUGAAUCCUUUGGAUCAAGCGCUCACUAACUUUAUACAGAAUCUUAUAAAAAUUGAUGACGGAGAAUCAAGCGAGAAAGUUUCGGUUCUGCGAGAGAGUAUUACGACACCAUUCAAAGAUUUGUGCGACAAUCCAAUUCCUGAAACUGGCGGCGAUAUAAAAACUGAUCUAACGACAACUUUUAGAACGGAUUUCUCCGUUGAUGAAAAUCUACGAUCUUGGACCAUCGAAUCUUUAUCUGCACCAUCCGCUGUGAAAACAUUAAAACAAACAGCUACGAAUAUCGAUAUAUUGGCAGUGGAUAAUGGUGAAUCGCUUGAAUCAUCAUCGACUAUGAUUAGAAAUUUGUCAAAACAGCAUAAUGACGACAACGUGUUUGGUCCAACCACAACAAAAUUGGAAAAUUUGACGGAUAGUUGUAUCAACCCUUUGUCUACUAUUUGCUCCUCCUCGAUGAUGUCAUCAAGCCAUGAAGAAGAACCCAUAAAUAGGAUCCAACGACCUUCCAAAUCAAUGGAUUCUGAUAGUAUCUCCGUGGAUUCAUCUUCUAGUUUAGAUACAGUUCGAGAAUUUCCUGUGGACGUAGUUAGCACUAUACCUUUAUUGAAAUCUGGAGACCAACUACGAGAAAGUUCGCAAAAAGAAGUUAUUUCAGCUAAAUCUCGAACUCCAGAGGAAGUUUUGGCAACACGGUCCGAUCGAUUAAAACGUUUGGAAGAGCAGACCGAUUGGCUUAUGAAAAAAAUGAAUGCUACAAGUAAACGUGGCGACGCUCUCUGCUCAAGGUUGGAGGAGCUCCAUGAAACUUACGGUGAACCACCAGUUCCUCCACUUAUGCCAGAUGUUUUACCUAGCUAUAGACUACCAACUGUUCUGCCCAAUCUAUCUCAUCAGGCACAAGAAGAGGAAAGUAAAAUUAUAUAAAAUAUAAACGAUAUUUUAAUAUGAUCGAGAUAUGUAUCAAACAAAUUUUAAUUGCAAGAAUGAUCAUAUAAGUAAAAAACAAAACUUUAG